AUGUACAUACUUUCGUUUACAGAAACCGAUAAUAAUUUCAGUUCUGCUGAUGUCUGGCUGAACACAAAUGAGGCUCCUCGCAUCCCUGAAUUCGAACUUGUCACCGACAACAUGUGCUAUUCGCCACGGCGAUGGCAUGUUGUCGGCUCUUUAGGACCUAUCUGCUCGACAAGAUUGGCAGCGAGAGAUGGUUGGAAAUAUAACCAUACGAGGCAUUCAUUAAUUCAGUUUGGAGUGGUAACACUCAAUCAAAAGCGAAGGAAUGGCAAUUCCAAUCUGCCGCAGGAUAAGUCAAAAGAACAAAAAUCAAAACCAAAGUCCAAAUUACUAUCUCGAAUACCCAUGCCAGUGCAUGAAAACAUCUACACAGUCCCCAACAUUCUAACAUUUUCACGACUACUCGCUGCGCCUGCUGUUGGUUAUCUCCUAGUACACAACCAUCAUACAGCUGCAUUAUCUCUCUUCGCCUAUGCCGGCAUCACGGAUUUAGUAGACGGGUAUAUCGCUCGACGAUACAACCUGCAGACAGUUGUGGGCACCAUUAUUGAUCCGGCGGCGGACAAAUUGUUGAUGACGAUUAGCGUUGUGUGUUUGGCGCUGAAUGGGUGGAUGCCUGUAUGGCUGGCUGUUCUAAUACUAGGUCGAGACGUCGGACUCAGCAUUUCGGCUAUAUACUAUCGAUGGAUAUCUCUUCCACCACCAAAGACGAUGGCACGAUACUGGGACUUUUCACUACCUUCCGCCGAAGUCAAGCCAACUGCAAUCUCAAAAGUGAAUACCGCAUUGCAACUACUCCUGGUCGGAUCGUCGAUAGCACUUCCUGUGAUUCCUGCAUCGUUGGCUGGGGCAUGGGGGUUGUAUGAUGGACUUGUUGGAUUACAAUACCUCGUUGCAUCAACCACCAUCUGGUCAGGACUGAGCUACGUUUGGUCUAAAGAUGCGGUCAAGAUCCUGUCGGAGAAGGAAAUCCAACAGCGCAUUACGCGCGCCAGCAAGAAAGAAGAUAAACAUUAA